AUGUCGGGCACUGUGAAGGACUACCACUCAUGGUUUAAGCAUCCGGAGCAAUUCUUAUUUCAGUGGGUGAUUGGAUACGCCGUAGACGCGGGAAGCGACCUCUUCGGAAGAUGGUACCAUAAAGAAGGCUCUAGCUUCCAAAUUCUCUCUAUCGACAUCGCAGAUGAUGUGGUGAAAAGGGGCGAAGUCGAUAGCUUCCAGAUUGGCAUCUCUAUCUUUGACACCGACCGUCUCGGAGACGCAUUGGCGAAAGCUUCUGAGCCUGAUACCGACCGUGUUGGAGAUGCAUCGGCGAAUCCUCCUGAGCCCGGUGUCAACCUAGCUGCCAGCGUUAUAGAGUCUCAUCAUUGGGUCGUCGGGGACAAAGAAGAGUGGGACGAAGAAUACUCUCCCGAAUUUGAGAAUUUGUUCCGCUUUGGAAGAAUGCGACACGUUCCGGUCAAUAAGUUCGACGAGCAGAUCAAGGCCAUUAUCCAGGACGGGAACUUCUUCCUCAUCUCCCACGGGCCAGACAAGAGUCUCCAGUUCUUGAGAAGUUGCGGCGUGCAUUUCAAAGCUAUCGAAACUAUCGACAUUGAGCGGGCUGUGCACAAAUUCUUCCGGCUCCGCCCUGCUAAAGCUGAACCGGUACUCAAGCGCGAGAUGAUCGAGCUAAUGGGAGUCCCAUGCCAAGAUCCUGAUUUGGCUGGAAACGCAGCACAUUUCACUCUUCGUAUCCUUCUCCAGGUUGUUUGUGGAGACGUGGACCAUAAUCCCCAGAAAGAGGGUGUCCCGGUGCACAAGUGGUCGGGGGUUUUGCAGAAGAUUGUGGUCUCACCAUCCAAGAAGCGAAAGUUGAGGGUGAUGAGGACGUCUCCCCCAGAUCCUUCAGAAAAGUAG